AUGUCUGCUAAAGGUUCUUGGACUUCUUACAAUCUACGAAGUUUUCUGGAAAUGAUUUGUCGUUACAGAGCCAGCUCCAGCAAUGUUUCAACAGCGUGCAAGAUCGGACGAGGUUUCUCGGUUCAUCAAGGAUUGCAGUUGAUUAGUGCCAAUAUCCGAAAAGGGAGAAGAUUUGAUUCCAAUAUGAUGAAGAGGGACAAAGUUGCACCGCCAGUACCAAAUCCUCCCGGAAGUAACUUCCUCCAUUGGGCAAGAUGGGCCUUGGGAUCUAUACUAUCCAUCUUACUACCCUUUUGGAAGCAAAAAUGGGAGAAGCUGAAAAGGUUAGAAGGAGAAGUGGAAAUUAUAGCUGAAGAGGUUGAUCAAGUAGCAGAGGUGGUAGAAAAGGUGGCAACCGUGGCGGAGGAGGUGUCCGAAGAGGUGGCUGAAGCACUGCCUGAAAAUGGAAAACUAAAGGAAACAGCUUUGUUGAUAGAAGCCGUUUCAAAAGCAACUGCCCAUGAUGCUAAACUAACACAAGACUUCAUUCACCAGGUGGAUGCUUUGAAGCAUGACAUUGAUGACUUAGAGACAAUGGCUGACCCUGUAAUAGAAAAGCUUGUGCAGCAAAACUCUCAAGAAAAGUGA